AUGCAUCGUCUGCUAGCAAAGUAGCAUGUAGUGAAUUUCCGGAGCUGUAAAUUCAGGCUAAUUCUUUCGUUUACAAACCUGGUUAUUGUAAGAAUUUCCAACAUUUACCAGGGAUACCAUCUUCAUUAUCCAUGGAUCGUCUGCAGGCCAUAGAGAUCACCCAUUUACAGAGACUUCAGCAUGUUUUCGGCGAUUAUUCGGAGGCUAUGUUGUUCCUCUCGCAUUUGGGCGAUCCACGUAGCGCGUUUUUAAUGUGUGUGCCGUUGGUGUAUUGCAUCAGCCGAGGGGCGGGGCUGAAGGUCUUGUGGGCGGCUGUCAUGUCGGAAUGGCUCAACCUUCUCCUUAAAUGGAUACUAAAUGGGCAUCGUCCAUACUGGUGGGUGCAUGAGAGUAAACUCUAUGAAGAUGACAAUCGGCCAAUCAUCAAGCAGUAUAGACUGACCUGUGAAACAGGCCCAGGUGUACCGUCUGGCCACGCAAUGGUCGCCACAGCAGUGUGGUUCAUCAUGAUGUCAUCCCUAGCAACGCACCUGGCGACGAUGUCCAAGUCGACCAAUCCGAGGAGCCGAUUGAUGAGGUUUAUUUGCAUAUUGCCAUGGUUAUUCCUGGCUGGGCUGGCCUCUGUCAUUUGCGUAUCCAGAGUUUUCAUAGCCACACAUUUCACACAUCAAGUAUUGCUCGGUGUCUUAGUUGGUGUCCUCGUUGGACUUUUCAUCUCCAAUCUUCAGGUUCAUGCCUUCUCAACAUCAACUCAUGUUGGAUUCGCCAUCUUUGUUGUCUUGGCAACUUUCCUCCAAUAUGGCAUCAUGGCCGCCUUGAACUUUGACCCCUCGUGGUCCAUGACCCUUGCCCUGAGGUGGUGCGAGCGGAGGGAGUGGGUUCACCUGGACACGACACCCCUGUACUGCAUAGCGAGGGACUUUGGUAGCUUGACUCUCCUGGCUGCUUCAGAACGGUUCGUCGCAACCAAAGAAAUUGCCGGCGUUGGACGUCAAAUUGCGGCCGUGGCGACUAGCUUGAUCUGCGCACAACUCAUUGAACUGGUUCGAUUUCCAAUGGACAACGUCAGUGUUUUCUAUGCGAUGGGAGCAGUCAAAUACGGCGCCGUUGUGGUUUCUACGGUUGCCAUCAAACGGUUGUGUUGUUAUGGUAAAAAGAACAAAACGCUUUGAGGUUCUAAAGCCAAUUUGACGUCUUUAAAAAGUUAUGAUGCCAAAUUUUUACAUUAUUUACUGCUGAAUAUGUUAGUCAGAAGACAGUAUGGGCUCCAUGCACAAAUAACCCAUCAACGGCCAGAAACGGAGAGUUGGGGGUGACCUA